AUGGCUACUAGGAUCCCUCUGAGCAUGGCAGUAAUAGUUGCUUUGGGUGGCAAGCUGAAUGACCUGCAAGUCCAGGCCAUGUGCCGGCAAAGAAACUCAGUCAGCCCCAUCCUGACACAGAUUCCAUGUAAUAGAAACCAGGGGGAAGUGCCUGCAUGCCUGCUUGAGACAAUCAAAGAGUUUCAGGGACACAAAGAGCCAGACAGGAUUGUGUCUUCCAUUAUCAUGGUCUUCCUCCUAACUCCAUCUCUGGCUCUGAUGAGUACCAAUGACAGCCAGAACCAGCUUCUGGUUGGUUCAAUAGGGACCCAAAUUAUCCGUGUCAAUGCCUUCCAAGGUAUGGUCAGCAUCCGGGACAACAAUGUUUUGAGUGAAUGGGAUGGAGUCAUGGACUACAAAAAUGCCCUCCUGGCAAUUAAGCUGUUUGGUAAAAUGGCCUGUGUUAUAGCCAAGAUCGACCAAGCUGCUUUCCCAACUCUGGAUGAAAUUAUGAGGGCAAUGGACCAGCAGGAUUUAGAGCAAUAUCCAUCCAACCAUGGCUUGAUCUACACUGUUUUGCCCAUUCGGAUCAAGAACUUAGUCCAGUAUGGAGCACUCAUCAAGGACAUGUGCAGAGCAGUCCCCACCUACUUUGCCAAACAACAAAAAGAAGGUAUGGAAAUAGCAACUGACCCCAAUUCCUGUUUUGGAAUCCAACUUUCGUCCUUUAUGGGGUUUGCCAUCUGUGGCAAAAUUCCUGGUCUCUGA